GGAGGCGGCGCUCUUGCAGGCUGCUGAAUGGUGCAGGACUUUAUCCUCAGCUGGUCAUUACUGACGCUGAGCGGCCGGGCGAGGACCUUUAUGGGUUUGUAACACACGGUAGAAAACAGACCUACUCAUCUCUCUUUCGCUUCCCGUUGGCGCCGGACUUGCCCGGUCGGAGACAUGGCCACAGUAACGUGCCGAGUUCAAUAUCUGGAGGACACGGACCCGUUUUUGUGUACGAACUUCCCCGAGCCCAGGAGACCUCCGCAGCACGAGUUUAACGAGCAUCUACCCCUCAGCGAACAAAUCGCGGGGGUCCACAAACUGCUCCAGGCACCUCUGAAGUUAGAGGAAUGUGCCCUACAGGUGUCUCCUAAUGGAUAUUAUCUGGACCUGGACACCUCCCUAGCAGAGCAGAAAGAUGAACUGGAACAGUUCUACAGAGAUGUAGCAAUAGGCAAAAAGCCAAUCUUCGUUCUGCGUACCCAGCUGUCUGUGCGUGUCCACUCUAUACUAGAGAAACUGUACAACUCGCACGGGCCAGAGCUGCGUCGCUCCCUCUUCUCCUUAAAGCAGCUGUUUCAGGACGAUAAGGAUCUGGUGCCGGAAUUUGUCAACUCUGACGGCCUGACCUGCUUUAUCAAAGUGGGUGCGGAGGCUGAUCACAACUACCAAAACUACAUCCUCCGAGUCAAAUACAUGUUGUUCGUGGAUGGGAUGAAUGGUGUCAUAAACCAUAACGAAACAGUGCAGUGGCUGUACACCACUUAGCGGCAGCCCUCUCGGCUGGUGGUGAAGACCACUCUGAAGCUGCUGAUCGUGUUUGUGGAGUACACGGAGUCCAACAGCCCUCUGCUCAUCGAGGCGGUCGACACGGUAGACUGUAAGAGAGGUGCCAAGUCCUGGUCGUAUUUGAUGGAUAUUCUGGAGGAGAAGACCGGAUCGGACUCUGAGCUCUUGGUCUACACUAUGACCCUCAUCAACAAGACCCUUGCAGCCCUACCAGACCAGGACACAUUCUACGAUGUGACAGACAGUCUGGAGCAGCAGGGUAUGGAGAGUGUGAUACAGAAACACAUGAACAGCCGAGGCACAGAGCCGGACCUCAAACAGCAGUUCGUCAUAUACGAGAACGCGUUGAAGUACGAGGAUGAGGAAAUGGACGACGCAACUCUUCACGGCCGCAAGGAGCGGAAGAAAAAGAGCUCCUCCAAGCAGGAGGACAGGAAGAUGCGCCGGUCCUCUUCCCAGAAUGUCCUGGAUGGUCCACUUCUGUCCCAGCCCUUGCCUGUCUUCCCUCAGAGUCUCGGUAAAGGUCUAAGUGGUACCUCCUCUCCCACGUCCCCACCCACUAUGGCGUCUCCUGCCUCUUCAUGCCUGUUGAGUCCUGAGCUAGAUAGCCCCCUCGCCAGUGCCCUCGAGCCUGCCUCACAGAACUCCGCCCCCGAGCCUGCCUCACAGAACUCCGCCCCCGAGCCUGCCUCACAGAACUCCGCCCCCGAGCCUGCCUCACAGAACUCCGCCCCCAUCUUGCCUUCCAUUGUGAACAAUGGAGCUCCGGACAUCUCUUGCACAUUUUCUCUCUCUCUCUCUCUCAUUCUCAUUCUGGCACCAUCCACCAGGGGGCGCUCUUUCUUGAGCCAGUACAUGGCUCAUAUGGGGAUUUCUAGACGGCGGUUGAAAAAGGCGGGGUCCAUAACCCAGGAGCCCUCUAUAAGUGUGAGUUCCACGGACACACCUCCCCAGGAGAGUCAGACUUCACUGGAACAGCAGAGCUGCACGGAGGAGAAAGGGUUCUUUAAACUGCUUGAGACAGAUUCUCUUUGCUUUGAGGAGUGUAAUGAGAAUAGAAACCGUCCCGUUCUGAAGAAGUAUGCAGGCACGUUUUUACGCCAUCUGGCUGCAGCCCAGCGCGAGAAGGGAGGGCGGAAAAAACCGCCAUUCACUGCCGAACCUCCCGGCCCGGAUGCCGACGCUGGCCGUGCCGAAGCCAAACUCCCAGCCACAGGGACGGGUUUCAGUGGUGAUCAGGAUCCCCAGUCUCCAGAGGGAGACUCCAGUGAGGACAGCAGCAGCCUGGAGCUGCUAGGACAACCAAAGACAGCUCACCACAAUGAACCAGCAGGUGGCAGUGUGCAGAGCCAGGGCAGUGUGGCCGAGCAGCCCAGCACCCUCUCUAACGACAGGAAGUUCCUGCUGGACAUGCUCUACUCGAAGACCUCCACCUGUAGCACCCCCCCUAGCAAUGACCCGGGGCCCCUAAAGAGCCCCGGACUGGGAGACAACCUAAGGGGCGUCCGGGCGGAGGACCUAGGCCUCUCCGGCCUGGCUGGCCGCCUCUCCGGCCUGAAUCUGAACUCCUCGAAACUCCUGGCUGGCAUGGACGCCCCCAGACAGGUGGAGAUGGAGGCCCUGGAGAGCGGUGCCCAGGCCGUCCGUAGCCGGCUGGCAGAGGAGGAGACGCGGAGGUGUCUGAGGCCGCAGUAUAGCAUUGAUGCGGAGACGCACUCGCGGAGCCUGGAGAAGACCAUGAUGACACCGCUGACCCGGGGCAACCAAGACGCGUGGGGGCAGCUGCAGCCCAGCUCCAGGGCCCUGCGCAUCCGAGACCUGGACUUCUCCGACCUUCUGCAGGAAGAGGACCUUGACGUGCUAGACAUGGACACGUUUGACACAGCUAUGGCCAAUAGGAUUCUUCCACCACCCCCACCACCUCCAGGAAUAGGCUCCCUGUCCCCUGGGCUAGCUCCUCCCCCGCCUCCUCCCCCCCCUCCUCCUGGGCUAGCUCCGCCCCCUCCUCCUCCCCUGCCCCCCCCUCCUCCUGGGCUAGCUCCACCCCCCCCUCCUCCUCCUGCAGGUCUGUGCGGACCAGUUCCUCAGCCCCCACCUCCCCCAGGUUUGACCACUCCCCCACACCCCUCCCUGGACAUGGCAUUCGCCAAGAAACGCAAAACGGUCAAACUGUUCUGGAAGGAGCUCAGACAGCCUGACAGCCCCAGGAAGUGCAAGUUUGGGCGGGGCACCUUGUGGGCGUCGCUGGAUAAGGUCACUGUGGACACGGAAAAGCUGGAACAUCUGUUUGAGUCCAAGGCGAAGGACCUUCCUGUAGCAAAGAAAGGCGCUGAGGUCAAGAAGCUAGAGAUCCACGUGCUUGAUCCGAAACGAAGUAAUGCCAUAAACAUCGGCAUGACUGUCCUGCCUGCGGUGCACAUCAUCAAAACUGCCAUUCUCAACUUUGAUGAAUUUGCCAUCAGCAAAGAGGGGAUUGAGAAAAUCCUGACCAUGACCCCUACGGAGGAAGAGAAGCAGAAGAUUCAGGAAGCGCAGCUAGCCAGUCCGGACGUGCCCCUGGGGACGGCCGAACAGUUCCUGUUCACUCUGGCUUCCAUCAGUGGGCUGACCGCACGUCUGCAGCUCUGGGCGUUCAAGCUCAACUACGAGAGUGUGGAGAAGGAGAUCGCCGAGCCCCUGUUCGACCUGAAACUCGGCAUGGAGCAGCUGGCCAAGAACAAAACCUUCAAACGCAUCUUGGCAACCCUCCUGGCCAUCGGCAACUUCCUCAACGGCUCCAGUGCAAAGGGCUUCGAGCUGAGUUACCUGGAGAAAGUGAUGGAGGUGAAGGACACCGUUCACAGACAGUCUCUGCUGCAUCACUGCUGUAACUUUGUGGUGGAGAAUUAUCCAGACACCACAGAUGUCUACUCAGAGGUUCCCUCCAUCACCCGAUCUGCUAAAGUGGACUUUGAGCAGUUGUCCGACUGCCUGGUCCAGCUAGAGAGGAAGUGCAAAACGUCGUGGGACAACCUGAAGGUGAUGGCCAAGCACGAGACCAAACCACAGCUGAAAAACAGGAUGACGGAGUUUCUCAAAGACUGCACCGAACGGAUCAUCAUCCUCAAAGUUGUUCACAGACGCAUCAUCAACAGGUUUCACUCCUUCCUUCUGUACCUGGGCCAGCCGUCGUACUCGGUCCGGGACAUCAAAAUAACUCAGUUUUGCAAGAUCAUUAGUGAGUUCUCUCUGGAGUACCGUACCACGCGAGAGAGGGUCCUCACACAGAAACGCAAACGCGCCGCCAACAGGGAGCGCACCAAGACGCGCGGCAAGCUGAUCACAGAGACAGAGAAGUUUUCCGGAGCUGUCCCGUUCCUGUCCCAGGAUAGCCCCGCCCCUGUUUCCACAGCAAUGGAAGCUGAACCAACCCAAGAGGAGCAUGAGAACAUGAAGAAUCUUCUCAUAGCCAACAACGACAACCUCAAGCCCCGCAGGUCGCGUGCUGUACGAAAGCUGGUGACAGCCGAUCUAGCUGUUUCUCCCACGUCACCGAGCAACUCUAAUGACGAAGAGGUGACGGAUUAUGGUGCGAGUUUGUCUGAUCCUGCAGUAGACAGCAUAGACGCACGAGGCGUGGCUGGUGAAGGUUUAGGAAUUAGCCCAUUGCAGCUGCCUACAGGCAAAGACGACAGCGCAAGUUCACAAGAUGACGCAACAGAUGAGAUCAUGGAUCGACUGGUUAAGUCCGUUACCCAUAAUCCCACAGAGAGGCCAUCUAGCCCUAAAACACGAAAACGGUCACGGGUGAACAGGAAAUCAUUGCGAAGGACACUGAAAAGCGGCCUGAGCGUGGAGGUUGUGCAGGCGCUGGGCCUCAACAAGGAAACAGAGAAAGUGUGAGAUGCCCAAGGGCUGAUCCAGGAUCAACUGCUGCCCGUUGUGCCCUGAUGGAUACUGCACUAUGGAGGGGGGAGGAAAUGUUCCUAGGUCAGAGCGCCUACUCUGAGAUGCUCAAAUUGUCCCAGCAGACGUUUUUGAGGACUGCAGGCUGAGGCUCAGCUGUCUGAUUUGCAGAGGAUGGAUGCUUUGAGUCACCCUCUACAAACACACUUCAUCUUCCUUUCUGAGUAACGAUACUUCCUGUCAAAUGGCGCUAAACCUUUGUUACAAAUACUGUAAGAUUUUUAUUUCCAUCGAGACACAAGCACAAUGAUGUGUUCGUUUGACUUGGUUUUUAUUGGUACCUGACAUUAAAUUGUUAAACACCAGACAAGAUGUAAUUUAUAUAUGAUACUACAGUAAUGUAUUUUCAGCAGGAUAAUUUGUACAGGUGCAAGUUAUGUUUUAUUUGGGGGUAUUCAACUGUAUAUUAAGAGCAUUUACUCAGUUUGGCUUUGUAUAGACUAGACUGGUAUGUUGUAUGGAAAGAGAUGUUAAAUUUGCCGGUUUACACUGAUCUGAGUUCAGUUUUCCAGUUCUACUCGUCCUUAAGGUUUAUAUCUGAGAUGACGAAUCUUACGUGAUCAGUCAACCAGUAAUGGCUCAUUAGUGCUGUUAAGACCCUGAAUCUCAAUGUGAAUUUGGGUGGAGGGGAUUUAAACUGAGGGACGUUCAUUUGUGUUUGGCGGAUUUAGUUUUCCCUUUCUCCAGUUUUAUCAGUCUCAGCAGUUUGUCAUGUUUGGCCUCUGGCGGUUAGAAAUCCACUUGAAGAUUCACGUUGCAGAGGUGAAGGGUUCCCACUAUUGAGCCAAUAAUGUGUCCUAUUUAAGUUAGAAUUAAUUUCUUUCUAAAUAAUUUGUCUCAUCUUUUCUGUUUUUAAAACACCGAUUUCUGACAACUUGGUAGAUUGAUUGAUUGAUUUUCGUUUCUUUCAAAUCCAAGUCACGUGGUGAAAUAAGUGUACAAAGCACAAGGGUGGGACAGCUUGGUUACAAGCGUCUGAAUGAUGUUUAUCAAUACUGUUGUUGUUGUUGUUUGCAGCUGGGUGGCCUCUCCAUAUGCUGUGUGGUACUUUGCAGAUCCUAAACGCUGUAAUGCUUGUGUUCUCAUCCUGAAGGUGUCGCUAUAGCUAUGCACUACUGUUCAUGCCGUAUCAUUCUAUGCACAUACUUGCCCAUGAAGAUCUUUAUUUAACAGUAUUUACCAGUACUUUUAUCUUUAGGUUUUUGAAUGUAUGACCUUCGGGGCCGAGGGAGUGUGUAAUCUGAACACGAAUGAUUUCAUUUCGUUUUCCUUUGAAAAAUAAAGCAUUUUAACAGAU